UUAAGUUGACUGAUCAUACUAACCAUUCUCUCUGCUCUUCAUCUUCCUUCUCACUGUGAAACCUUUGACCAUCAUUCUCUCUGCGUGCUAGCUGCAUUCUCAUAUUUCUAUGGCCGAAAAUGCAAAGCGCUUCAUCAUCGGAAUCGACCUCGGCACCACCUACUCUUGUGUCGGAGUUUGGCACCAUGACAGUGUCCGAAUCAUCACCAACGACCACGGCAACCGGACCACCCCUUCUUGCGUCGCUUUCACCGACUCCGAACGCUUAAUUGGCGAUGCUGCCAAGAGCCAGGUCACCAGGAAUCCCGUCAACACCAUCUUCGACGCCAAGCGUUUGAUUGGAAGGAGAUUCUCUGAUGCUUCUGUCCAGAGUGACAUGAAGCUAUGGCCAUUCAAGGUUAUUGCUGGUCCGGACGACAAACCCAUGAUUGUUGUUAGCUACAAGAAUGAGGAGAAGCAACUCACUGCUGAGGAGAUUUCCUCCAUGGUCCUCAUCAAAAUGCGUGAGAUCGCGGAGGCUUAUCUUGGUUCCACCGUGAAGGACGUUGUUGUCACUGUUCCAGCAUACUUCAAUGACUCUCAGCGCCAGGCUACCAAGGAUGCUGGUGUCAUCGCUGGCCUUAAUGUCAUGCGUAUCAUCAACGAACCCACUGCUGCUGCACUUGCCUAUGGCCUUGAUACGGUUCCCAUUGUUGAUGAUGAGAAGCACGUUUUGAUUUUUGACCUUGGUGGUGGUACUUUUGAUGUCUCUUUUCUAACCAUUGAUGAUGGUGUCUUUCAAGUUCAUGCCACUGCAGGAGACAGCCGUCUUGGAGGUGAAGACUUUGAUAACAGGAUGGUUGACAAUUUUGUUCAGGAAUUCAAGAGGAAGCACGAGAAGGAAAUUAGUGGGAACCCGAGGGCUUUAAGAAAGUUGAGGACCGCAUGUGAAAGGGCAAAAAGGACUCUCUCAUCCACCAAACAGACCACCAUUGAGAUUGACUCAUUAUAUGAAGGUAUUGACUUCUAUACCACAAUCACUCGUCACAGGUUUGAAGAACUCAACAUGGACCUCUUCAACAAUUGCAUAGACACUGUCGAGCGGUGUUUGAGGGAAGCUCAAAUGGACAAGAGCAGUGUCCAUGAUAUUGUUCUUGUUGGUGGGUCUACGAGGAUCCCAAAAGUGCAACAGUUGUUGCAGGAUUUCUUCAAUGGGAAGGAGCUCUGCAAGAGCAUCAACCCAGAUGAGGCUGUUGCUUAUGGAGCUGCUCUUCAGGCUGCUGUCUUGAACCAUGAGGAGAACAAGAAGGUUGAGGAUAUUACGUUGUUUGAUGUUACUCCCCUUUCACUUGGUCAUUUCAUAAUUGGAAUUGACCUCGGCACCACCUACUCGUGCGUUGGAGUCUGGCACCAUGGCGGUGUCCAAAUCAUCACCAACGAUCACGGCAACCGGACCACCCCUUCUUACGUUGCUUUCACUGAUUCAGAACGCUUCAUUGGCGAUGCUGCCAAGAUCCAGGUCACCAGGAACCCCGUCAACACAGUCUUCGAUGCCAAGCGUUUGAUUGGAAGGAGAUUCUCCGAUGCUUCGGUUCAGAGUGACAUGAAGCUAUGGCCAUUCAAGGUUAUUGCUGGUACUGCUGACAAGCCAAUGAUUGUUGUUAACUACAAGAAUGAGGAGAAGCACUUCACUGCUGAGGAGAUUUCAUCCAUGGUCCUCAUCAAGAUGCGUGAGAUAGCUGAGGCUUAUCUUGGUUCCACCGUGAAGGAUGUUGUUGUCACUGUUCCAGCAUACUUCAAUGACUCUCAGCGCCAGGCCACCAAGGAUGCUGGUGUCAUCGCUGGCCUUAAUGUCAUGCGUAUCAUCAACGAACCCACUGCUGCUGCCCUUGCCUAUGGCCUUGAUAUGGAGGAUCCCAUCAUUGAUGAUGAGAAGAUCGUUUUGAUUUUUGACCUUGGUGGUGGUACUUUUGAUGUCUCUCUUCUAGAAAUUGCAGAUAGUGUCUUUCAAGUUAAAGCCACUGCAGGAGACAGCCGUCUUGGAGGUGAAGACUUUGAUAACAGGAUGGUUGACAAUUUUGUUCAGGAAUUCAAGAGGAAGCACGAGAAGGAAAUUAGUGGGAACCCGAGGGCUUUAAGAAAGUUGAGGACCGCAUGUGAAAGGGCAAAAAGGACUCUCUCAUCCACCAAACAGACCACCAUUGAGAUUGACUCAUUAUAUGAAGGUAUUGACUUCUAUACCACAAUCACUCGUCACAGGUUUGAAGAACUCAACAUGGACCUCUUCAACAAUUGCAUAGACACUGUCGAGCGGUGUUUGAGGGAAGCUCAAAUGGACAAGAGCAGUGUCCAUGAUAUUGUUCUUGUUGGUGGGUCUACGAGGAUCCCAAAAGUGCAACAGUUGUUGCAGGAUUUCUUCAAUGGGAAGGAGCUCUGCAAGAGCAUCAACCCAGAUGAGGCUGUUGCUUAUGGAGCCGCUCUUCAGGCUGCUAUCUUGAACCAUGAGGAGAACGAGAAGGUUAAGGAACUUACGUUGGUGGAUAUCACUCCCCUUUCACUUGGUGUGGAAACUGUUGGUGGUGUCAUGACUGUCCUGAUUCCAAAGAACUCUAUGAUCCCGUACAAGAUGGAUCGGGUUUUCUCAACCUACUCCGACAACCAGGUUAGUGUGUUGAUCAGGGUGUACGAGGGUGAGAGAACCAAGAGCAGGGAGAACAACUUGCUAGGUAAAUUCGAGCUUUCUGGCAUCCUUCUUGCUCCAAGGGGUGUUCCUCAGAUCAGUGUUUGCUUUCAAAUUGAUCACAAUGGUAUCAUGAAUGUCUCUGCUGAGGACAGGGGUACAGGGAAGAAGAACAAUAUCACUAUCACCAAUGACAAGGGCAGGCUCUCGAAGGAGGAGAUUGAGAAGAUGGUGCAGGAGGCGGAGAAGUACAAGGCUGAGGAUGAGGAGCACAAGAAGAACGUUGUGGCCAAGAUUGCCUUGGAACAAGAGGUGGAGAGGUAUAAACCCUUCUGUUUUCCAAAAGGUGCUCCGGAUCAACACUCGGAGGCACAAGUAGAACAUGAUACUUGCCAUGAUCCGAUUACAUUAGCAUCCCUAAGUUCAAGUUUACAGUCUUUCCCUUCCAGAAAUUCUGGUUAUUAUUUCAACUCCACAAAAGUGGCUGCACAAAAUAUUACAAAGGGACUAAAAGACGAUGAUUGCUAUGUUAUUGGAUUGUAUGGAAAGAGAGGCUGUGGUAAAACAGCAUUGGUGAAAGCUAAGAUGGAAGAGUAUGAAAAGAUUUUCCAUAGAGUGAUAUUUCACCCAGUGUCUGAGAAUCAAGAUAUCAAGAGCAUUCAAGUGGGAAUUUCUAGGUACUUGAAUGUGUUUGAUAAAGAUGACAGUGAUGGUGCGAGAAUAGUGAAAAUAAUUUCGGCAUUAGAAAAAAAGGAUAGAACUACCCUAGUCAUCUUGGAUAAUUUUCCAUCAAAGUCUAAACUGGAAGAAUUGGGAAUUCCUUAUAAUAGCAAACAGUACAAGUUCCUUUUGACCGCACGUGAUGAGACAGAGUGCACCUUAAUGGGAUGUGAUCGUUUGAUUCAUCUGAAGCCCUUAUCUGAUGAAGAAGCUUUUACCCUGCUACAUAAACUGUCCGGUGUUGAAUCCCAAACUGAUCUAUUUAAAGUGGUACGAGAUGUUGCUUUUAAAUGCAAAGGCUUACCUGGUUUAAUUAAAGAUGUGGCGUUUUCCUUGAAAAAGAAGCCUAUUGAGAAGUGGGAAGAAUCCUUAGUCAGUCUAAGCCACUCAACAGCACAAUACCAAAUUUUUAUCAGUUUUAGAGGAAAGGACACUCGGGAGAUUUUCACAAAUCAUCUCUAUGAGGCUUUGUGUAAAGAGGGAUUCGAGACCUUCAAAGAUGAUGAAGCAUUGGAGGGUGGAUCCCCAAUUGAUAAGCUUCUUGAAGCCAUUGAAGAGUCAAGGUUUGCAAUUAUUGUUUUGUCAGAAAAUUUUGCAGACUCCAAAUGGUGUCUUAAAGAACUUGUCAAGAUUCUUGAUUGUCGAAAAAGGAAGAAACAAUUGGUUUUGCCAAUUUUUUAUGAAGUGGAACCAUCCGACAUAAGGCAUCUAAAAGGGAGGUACUGUGAAGCUAUGGCCGAACAUGGAAAAGAGUUAGGCAAAGAUUCUAAGACGGUAUUGGAAUGGACAUUAGCUUUGAAUGAUAUUUCCCGAUUGAAAGGAGAACAUUUCCGAAUUUCCAACUUCAAAGGAGAGCAUUACGAAAGGUACAGAGAUCAACUUAUUGGAAAGAUUAUAAGAUUUGCCCAUAAUAACAAACAUCGCUUGCAUAUACAAAGCAUGUAUACAAACUAGAUGAAUGGCUUUAGCUUCUCUUACUGUGAGUGCAGCAUAAGACUUUAGCUUCUCUUACUGUGACUAGUUUGCCUGAUCUUUCUGCCAAUAUUAUAUUUGGAGCUGUUGUUGAUGAUCGCUACACCGGAGAGAUUCAUGUGACUAUCAUUGCCACUGGCUUUUCGCAAUCUUAUCAGAAGAAGCUGCUGACAGAUCCAAGGGCUGCAAAACUUGUUGACAGAGUGGCCGAAGGAAAAGAAAGUAAGACAGUGCCCUCUCCCCUCAAGUUCUCAAACUUAUCUUACUUGUUAGUUAUCAUUUUAUUGUAGUCACUCAGUUGUUUGAUGGUCUUCAAGCUUAUUUGAUUAAAAAGCUCAUUACUCAUAUGGUUUAUGUAACCAUGAGCUUAAGUGUAUGUAGCUCACAAACAAUUUUUGUUUAUGAAAUGAAUAUAUAUGUCUGAGCUAAGUUUAAGUGAUAAAUUGAAUAUAUUCAUUUAUUUAUUUGAUUAAAAAGAAAGUGAAUAUAUUUAUCCUUUAAAUCAUUUAAUGACUUUAUACCAUAAUAUAGCUAUGAAUUAGAGUGAGGAUGAAUAUGUUCUCUUAUUUUCUUGCUAUAUUACAUGUUUAUAAACCAUAAUGGAAUUCCAACAUCUUGAACUGAUAUGUAGCCAUCUUUUGGAUCUACUAAUUGACAACAUUUUGCCACUUGCAGUUUCAAAUUUUGUCCGGCUCCGAGGGAUCCAUUAGAAAUGGAUUCAACUUUUUUUCAGUGUCGUGUUGGAAAUACUUUGUUUUGCACUUUUUCAUUAGUAUAUGCAUAUUGGCAAAGUACUUGUUAUCCUUUACUUAUUACUUGAAUUAGUAUUAAUGAUUUCAAGUAGAGUGAUGUAGUAUUCUAUUGUGUUGAUAUUCAUUUUUGUUAUGUUGUAAAAUUGUUGAUUAUUCUUCUAUCUAAUAAAAAAUUACACAUGCCUCUAACUACAUGAAGAGGUUUUGCUUCAUAUAA